ACGCAGCAUAUUCUGCUCAGUAAGCGCGAGUAAGUGAAAAGUGAAAGACUCAUCACGCAGCAAAGAAAACUGCAAACAAAUCUCGUCCCCUUUGGCAGGUGCAAGGGCGCACACGUUUGAAAUUGGCGCUGCGCCAAGUGUGUGAACCGCAGUGAGGAAAGUGGGGAAGAGGCUGACAAAUCCAGAGUGAGGUAAAUCCACGUACGGUGCGCGAUUAUUGUUCUAGGAGCACGUACAGUUGCGCGCUGAUAAAUAAACAGGUGUAAGUUUUUGAUACGGUGAAUUGACAUUUAUGCGACUGCCGAAAAAUGGACGAGGAAAUCGAAGAGCGCUGUGCUCAGCUGGGUUUUCGCCCACAGAAAGAAAUCGUUUACAACAAACUGUUACCGUACGCAGAUAAGCUGGACGAGGAAUCGCGAGUGUUGUUUCAUGACAUCAAAACUAACCUCGUCAAAGCGUUCCUCGCACGUGAAAUUCGACCGGGAUGUGCAGUAUGGACUUCACGAUUGCACAGAUACAUGAAAAUCUAUGGAUUAAAAUUUUCGAAAGAGGACCAUAUUUAUCUGAUUAAAUUGUUUUAUGAGGCAUUGACUAUACCAAAUUUAGAACCGACGAGAAUAAUAAAGUUCGCUGGCACGCUCAAUUUUCUUCUGAAAAAAAAGGAGUUAUUAAGUCGCGAUGACUUGCAAUUGGAAUGGAGGCCAUUAUACGAUCUUUGCCACCGCGUCACCAAGAAGAAUCGUCUUUGCAUUGGGAUGUACAGAUACUUUUCGUCUGUCGAAAUCACCCUGGAUCAACUUAUUCGGCAUUCAAGAACAUAUUUUCCAGUCAGCGCAACCCAAGAAAUUCUUGACGAAUUUCGCCCGAAACUAUGCCCCCAUAGUAGUAAAGACCUUGUGUUUUUAAUGCAUUAUUUCGAAACAUUUUUACCUAUUACAAUGAAACCUAGCGAAGCAUCAGUUGGAUACGAGCUCUGGCUAGAAGAAUUCAUGAAUUUCUGGGACGUUUGCCACAAUGCUGGAUCCUGGGAGAAUCAAAUGGCAUCACUGAUAAGCUGUCUGGCGGAAAACCAUAUCGGACGUAUCAACUGGGAACCAUAUGUGCCUGCAAUGUUCGCGCGCUUCCUGCGCACAUUGCAAUUGCCAGUCAGCUAUAGACAAAAACAAUCCAACAAACAGUUUAAGAUCGAUAUUAAUUCGAUGACACGCUGGAUCGUGUCCUGUUUAGGCGGGCCAAGCGAUACAGUCUUUAAACAUCUCGAGUCUUUCAUGCAAACGAUUGAGUCUUAUUAUAAUGUAGCAAACACCGGCCGCUGGACACCGAAGAUACGCGACUUUUUACGCAAAAUUGCUGCUAAUUUUGUGAACCGUGUGCAUAAUGAACGCUACAAGAAGUAUACUUGGGAGAACCAAAUCCCUGAUGAGUUCAAACUCACCGAAGCGGAUAUUGAUAGAUUUGUCACUGCGAUGAAACCCUGCCUGGAGCAAGCAAUCUUUUCCAGAGCACCCCAAGAUGUGACUUUUAUCUUUAAUUAUCUAGCUUGUUUACGCCCAAGUAUGAUUAUACCUCUUGUCUUGGACAAGUUGUACACUUCGAUGGAUUCUCUCACUGAACCGCACAAGUUGACAUCUGCGAUGAUGUCCAUUACCGCCGUAUCUCGUUAUAUGGUUCAGGGUAGUCGAGUUGGUUAUCCCGAAGGUCCAACACAUGUGAUCCCGUUGCUUAUGAAUCUACUGCCGGGAAUUGAUCCCAAUGAUCGCCGCAAAUGUUUUAUGACUUUCAACUUUAUCGUGCAGUUUAUUAACAUGAUGCCGCUAAUAAAUUCAUCAGAGGCGCACAAGUAUUACGAUGAUUUAACUGAAGAGGAGCAUAUUGUGUGUGAAGCAUCCGCUGGCUUAGAAGAUUUUGUAGUGCAGUUCUUCGAUCGGCUGUGUACUUGGGUGGAGUCCAAUUCAUUGGAGAGUACUAGAUUAGAGCAGAACGAUCAUGAUCGCAGGCUGACCAAGUCCGAAAGUAUUGCGGAGAGUGCGUUGGUUUCGGUAAUUUCCGCAGUUUUGACUCAGUCAUCGCCAGAAAUCUUCAAAGUGGCUCUGAAAAAGGUGUAUAAUUUUGCAACGUCGCGUAUCUUUGAAAUUAAAGUUUCUGGCAAGAUGGUGGGCACUCUCUGUCAAGUUUUCAGCAGGAUUAGUCCCAAAGAAACUGCCAAGCUGUUUAUUCCGCAUUUGUGCAACACUCUAGAGACUUUGAUUAAUGACACAGCAGACAUAAUGCACGAAGAAAAUCUAAACCAGGAGAUUUUAUAUAAUUUACUACUGUUAUCAGAGGUCGUUGAUUGCAACACUGAAAUUUUACCUUACAUUGAAAGAAUAACCAGUCUGCUUGACAAGGCUCUGUUUAUGACCUCAUUGCAAGCUAACUUAUUGGGCACUCGAAUGCUAAAUUUAUUAAUGACAACGUUGACUUUUACUAUGCCGAUUGAGUACAGAAGUUGCUCAUUGACCUAUGACACUCCGAUUAAGGAGUAUUUAAGUAUACGAGAUUGGGGAAAAGCGGGAAACAUCCGCGACCUGAACAUCAAAUGGUACAUGCCCGGAGAGAAAGAGGUUGCAUGUGUUCAAAGUUUAUUAAAUCACUAUUUAGUACCUGAAUUAGAACGGCUUAAUGCAUAUGCCAGUGGAAGCGUGGUUUUGACGCGUCAUGAGUUGCGCAGGACCUUCAAGAUUAUCCUCGCGAGCUUGGGUUGUCAUACGGUGCUACCUCUAUGGAAGGAACCGGCAAUGAAUUUGAUCGAUUCGGUGAUAGAACCAUGGGCAUUUGAGCUUAUCGUAGGCAGUCAGCUUAGUGUUACAAUGCCGGACGGUAGCAACGUACGUAAAACCGUGGCUGAUGUGAUUCACAAGGUGCAGAAGAAAAUUUUAGAAAUUGACGAAAGUGAUACUAAAAGUAUCUAUAGUAUUAUACAUAUUUACGAUAUUUUAUUGUUUAAUAAAUUUCGAGGACGAGAUUUUGAAUUUCACUGGAAGAAUUUCCACGCAGUGAAGAUUCUACUUGAAGAUAAACUGCACAAGAACAAGAAACAUCUUCGACAUAUUCUAAUCGACAGGGUAAUGUUGCACCAGGAGUUCCGCAAUGAAAGUCGUAGUUGCAGUUUCACGGAAACUCACAAACAGAUUAUGCUUGAUUUGUUUGAGUUAUCCAUUAGCCGCUACAGUGAUAUUCGCGCUGCAGCUCAAUGCAAAUUAAACUCAUCGAUUGGGACCUUCCCAUAUUCGUAUACGAUUCUAACAUCGCAGAUCAAACGCGUGCUACAACUUGAUUCGACAGAGAAUCACGAGAAGUUUAAAGGAUGCCUGUAUGUACUAUCAGGGCCGAAAAGUACUCCGUUAAUUGCACGUCAUGACUGGAACUUUAUCAAGGAGAUUUGGCCCCUACUGGUGCGUUCACAGCCGUCUGAGAAACCAUCCAUAGUUAACUUGAUGGACUAUCUGGUCGAAACUGUUCACAAGUCUUUUCCAACUAUUGCUAUUAAUCUAGAAGUACCUGAAAGUCUCAUUCAAGUUGGAUACAAGUUAGCUGCUAGUAAACCGUCAGUGGAUCUUAGUCAAUUUGGCCCGGUGAUAGAAAAUGGACCUAAGGCUUUAAAAAACCAUUGCGAUAAACAAUUGAUUGAAUACAAAGAACUUAUAAGUUCUCUAUUGAAGGCUGCAACUGAAUGUAAUUUACACUGGAGGUAUUACAUGAUGAGUGUGUGUUUCUUGCGUGAUUUAGUUCAUCCGGAUUUAAAAUACAGCCCAGAAGUCGUGCAAUUCUUUUGCCGAUCACUGAUAAACGAAUCACUUAAAAUUCGUAAAAUAGCUGUUAAAGUUAUGCUUUACAUUAUGAUGCAGAACAAAGUUAUCUAUCCAAAGAUUAAAGUUGAUCCGUUCAGUUUUUCGAAUACUGCUCCAACUAAACAGAUCGCGCCAGGAAACCGAAUUGAUAAUGAUUGGUUACUUUAUAAUAAUCAGACUGCGCCUAAGAACUCCGAAGAGUGGAAAGCCCCUAGAUUUGUGCACAACGAAUAUACUGGUUUUUAUUGCUGGCCAGUGGAUUUGUAUGUUUUCGAUUAUAGUACAAACUACAGUUUAAAUGCAGACAAUAUGGAACCGCAGCAUAGAGAAAUGCUUGCGUUUUUUAGUAAUAAGUCAAACAUCGACAUUUUGAUUAAAUAUUACUCGAUCGAGGAGAAAAAAGGCAAUGACAAGUUUAAUUCUUUUAGAUUCCUGUUAUUCAAAUAUUUGUUCAAAAUGUUCAACACCCAACUGCUGCCUAUAUUUAUGCCGCACUUGAACCAACUAGUAGAAGAUAAGCAGGAACAAUCACAACGCUGUGCAUCUGAGAUCAUAUCUGGUAUAAUCAGUGGAUGCAAACAUUGGAAUUACGAACAGACGGUCGACUUGUGGACGGAAAUGAUUCCACUGCUUCGCAAAGCGUUUAAUAACUUGUCAGCCGAAACUCUGUUCGAUUGGGCGAGUUGUAUUGGUAUGGGGCUGGAGUGUCGCGAUCCGAAUCGAUACAACUGGCUCUUGGAGUUCCUGAUGGACGAUCCUUUGAGUGAGAGUACUUCGUUCUUAGGCUGUGCGCGCAUGUACAUUCUUUAUUGCGCCCUCAAUCAACAAUCAUGGCGCAAUGCGGAAUUGUACAGCAGAUGUUUUACUUACUUUAAGGCGCAUCUUAUGCAUCCAUUCCAAAACGUGCGUGAUAGAAUCAGUACCAGUUUGACGCAUAUUUUUUGUAAGGAUAUUGUCUUUCCAAAUGGAAACGAGACGAAAUGUCCGCAUGUGUCUGACUUUUUCGACGUUGUUAAUCCAAAGUUAAAUGAAUUGUAUGACAAAACCGUGAAGAAGUUUGAAUAUGACCGAGAUAUAGUGUAUGAUAAGAAUGCGGUCGAUAACACUGCAUUGGAGCUUAGUAAGAUUUCAAUUAUGGACGAAUCUGAGAAGGAAAACUUACUUCGACUUUUCAAAAUCUCUGCAAAAUAUGUAACUGGCAGUGUGGUUCGUGCGAUUUAUACGAUGAAGCGGGAACAUUUUAUUUUGUUGCCGUUGGCAUGCGUAUUUCAAAGCAAUGAAGUCGAUGACGAACUGACGGGCAUUUGCACGAAUUUGAUCGUUGUGUUUGGAUGCUGCGUGACACCCAAGAUCUACUUGCCAGAUGCAUUGAAAGCAAUCACGAAAGUAGCAAAAUGUCCGUUUUGGUCGGCACGUGCUGUGAUCGCUGAAUUUAUACCAGUAUUUGUUUUUCACAACAUGGCGUCUAUCAUACACACAAACAUGGUGCAAGAGAUUUUAGAUGUUACAUUGCUACUGUUGGAAGAUGUACAGCCUGAAGUACGUGUGAAGGCUAGUCAGGCAGUUAGCGGUUUCUUGCAUGUAAAAUUCAUAGAAGAACCCAUAAAGUUACUCGAGACGUUCCGAAAGAAAGCAAAAACCAAAUUGAAGGCGACCACAGUUGGCAAGAAUUGCAAUGCAAAGAUACGCAUUCGUCACGCGGGAGUCUUAGGUCUCUGUUCUUAUAUCAACGCGAACCCGUAUGAUGUCCCGGAUUAUAUGCCAGGAAUCUUCGAGGAUUUGGGACCACAUCUUAAUGAUCCUCAGCCUAUUCCGGCAACGAUCCGCAAGACUUUGGGUGAUUUCAAAAGAACGCACCAUGCAAAUUGGGACGAUCACAAACUAAAGUUUACGGACACCGAGUUGUCAGUGCUUACAGAUUUGACAGUGCCUCCAUCUUAUUAUGCUUGAACAACUAAACUAACUAUUGGCACAGGUUCUGAUAUCUAUCUGGUCUACGUGUUUAAUUGGUGAUGUAUUUGUUAGACUAAGUCUAGAGGUGUAGGAUUAUUUAAUAAGAGAUGCCGAUUUUAUAAAAAUGUUUAAAUAUUUUCCUUACAGCUGUUGAUAAAGCAGAAAAAUUA